AUGGGGCUUUGUCCUACCUGCUCCAAACAACGGUUUACAUCUGGAUCUCCUUAUGAUAAGGAAGGUGGUGCUGCAAAAUACAUCUGUCUACCGAAAACCCCUACAUGGGCAAAAUACGUUGACGGUAUACAAAACAUUGGUGGAUAUAUGACCGGAACAGAAUUUGAUAUAUACCCGAAUGUAUUUAACCCGUUCCCUCGAAACAUGCAAGAUCAGGAUGCGCCAUGCGUUCUUUGCCGCAGCCCAAGACCAACUACAGUUAUGGUUCCUGGUAGGACAAACUGCUAUCCUGGUUGGACAAUGGAAUACACCGGAUAUCUAAUGACGGACCAUGUGAACCACAAUUCUGCAAGUGACUAUGCUUGUGUCGAUGUUAAUCCAGAAGCUGUGUACCAUGGUGAAGCAAACCAAAAUGGCAAAUUAUUUUACUUUACGGAAGUGAAGUGUGGAUCUCUGCCGUGCCAGGAGUACCCAAAUGGUCGUGAACUUGCUUGUGUUGUUUGUUCGAAAUAA